AGGUCCCUUUUGAAAGACAAAAAAAGCGAAAAUUUGAUUCAUUUUCGGAAUUUGGUUCAGGACCGGCGGCAAUUUUUUCAAGGAUCUUUGACUUUGUCAUUGACAGCAACUUUCUGUAGCCCUGCUUUGGACCACAGCAAUUUGAACUUUACUAGAUUUUUUGUUUGUUAGGAGGCCCCUGUCAGAAGAGGUUCUCGGUGCGACCGGGACGCAGACACACUCGCUGUGUUGUUUGCAGCAGUUUAUUUCAACAGAUCGUACACAUUUACUUUUUCUGACGUAACCGGUACUUUACAGUGCUCGCAAAAAUGGAGGCAAUCGAGCUGUUGGAUUCGAUGGGGAAUUUCGGCGAUGCCGAUAAGAUGAUGACGUUGGCGUUGAGGGAAAAGGAGGAGCGGCAGCAGCAAAUCGAGGUGCACGGCAAAGUCUCACGAUUCGAACCCGUCGAGAAGAAGAAACACAAGUAUCAGCAAACUUAUAGAAAUUGCUAUAUGUUUGAUGUUAUCUUAAUCUUGUGCGUUAGUCCUCUUAGUCUACUCAGUCCCCGGGCUUCGCCGUUUUGUUUGCUUGCUCCACGGACUACAUGUUCGAUUUCCUUCUUCCUGCUUCUGACGAGGAGCUCUUGUUUGGUUUAGCUACAUCCUUCAGCCUUUCCAAUCCCAUAAUUCUCUGAUCUUCCUGACUGUGUACAACUGUCUCCCCGUUUUUUUUUUUCAUGGAUGGAUCAAUUGACAAUUCGCCGGUUCAUUUUCAGGUGGGGCCCCCCGGAGGACAAGCCGUAUAAGCCGCUCCCGUAUGUGGACAUUCCCUGUGGGUUGACGUCGAAGGAGGUGGACCAGUUUUUGCGGGAGCAGCGGCUGGAGGAGAUCACGGAGAAGAUCCGGCGCGGGAUUUUGGAGGAUGUGGACCGCGACAUCCGCGCCCCGUCGCCGCCCCCGGUGUACGACCGGCAGGGGAACCGCAUCAACACCCGGGACGUCCGCAUCAAGAAGAACAUGAAGAACGAGCAGAACCGGCUGGUGCGGUACAUGCAGAAGGUGGUCUCCGGCUACGUGCCGCCCCACGACUUCCGCCCCCAGAAGCUGGCGAAAAAGCUGUUCUGCCCCACGGACAAGUACCCCGACGCGCCCUUCAUGAGCGUGAUCAUCGGCGUGCGGGGGGAAAACCACAAACGGAUGUGCGACCUGAGUGGCGCGAAGAUCAUGCUCCGGGGCAAGGGCACGGACGAACGGUUUCAGACCGAGGAGGACUUCCAGAUGCCGCUGCACGUCCACAUCGAGGCGGACCACGAGGAGCAGAUCGUGAUUGCCGAAAAACUCACGCUGCCCCUGCUGGACCCCGAGACGGAGGAGUACGCGGCCGCGCAGGAGCGCGGGCUGGUGGACCUGUCCCGCUACAAUGGUUUCACCGUCGCGAUCAACGAGAAGCGGUGCGGGAUCUGCGGCGCGAUCGGCCACAUGGGCUUCGAGUGUCCGGAGAACGAGGGCGGGCAGGGCUGGAAGAUGGCCACCGUGGUGUGCGAAAUUUGUGGCGACCGCGGCCACCCGACGUCGGAUUGCCCCAAGGCCCGGGCCGGACACGUCGAGGCCAACGUGCACUGGAAGGAGAAUGCCAACAAGCAGCAGCAGGCGGACAAGUUGUACAAGGACAUGAUGGGCGCCUUCGGUCCCGAGGGCGACAUCUUCUGCCAACCGAUUCGCCCGGAGGACAUUGAACAGGCUCCUGGGCAGGAAGUGCCAGGCGUCAACCCCGGCGUGCUGUACCAGUCGAGUACAAGGGUCGCAGCUAAUCUAGCGAAAGGACAGCGGGAAGAGAAAAAUCCGCUCAACCCAGACCAGGCGUAUUUUUGCUCUGUGAUUUAAGAAUUUUGGAGAAGUUUAGUUCGUAGGUGGACGAAACAUUUCUCUGUAGUAUCUAUAAAAAACUUUUAGCUAGUACUUCCGCUUGAUGUGUUGACAGUAUGAAUAUACCCAUAUGCUUUCACGCGAACUUGUCAACGAAGGACUUCUUUGGCGUGAAGUUGUUUCCUUUUCCUGCUUCUGCAAGGAAACCGAAAAAUAGAAUUUGUGGUUUUCCAAAAAACACAGGUUCUACAUGAACAAUUGGGCGCAGGGUGCGCAGCCGAAGCCUAAAAGAAUAGAAAUCGGGGAGGACGGGGAAGUCCGGACUGCGGCCACCCCGAUCGUUUCUGAUUUUGGAGCAGACCACUCGAUGUCAAUCCAUCCAAGUUUGGUUGCGCUCUUCGUCGGCACGGCGGGGCGGACAAUUGAGCGGCUGAAGGCGGAGUCACAGUGUGAGAUACACCUGGAAAACAAGUUGAACGCAGACGGCACCAAGGGCAUCCGUAUUGUCGGGCUGAAAGCCGACCGAGACCGUGCCCUGGCACUGGUCAGAAAGGAGAUCGACAAGGCCGCAGCGAAAAAGCGGAUGGAGGGGCAGGGUGGCCCCUCGUUGGGUGGAUUCGGCGGGGGGCUUCUGCAGCAUCCGUUCGCCAAGGCCGUAGCUGGGGCCCCUUACGGUGCUACCAGCGCUGUCCCGGGCCGGCCUCCAGGGGCAAUGGCUAAGGCAACAGCGAAAGCGCCACCCGCUUAUGCUUUCGGGUCAUCCCAUCGAUAUCACGUGUGAAAACCUACCCAUCCCGGAUUUGUCACGCAAAUUAGCAUGCGAAUGUUUUACAUGCGGCUCCCUGACAAAGGAAGAGGUAUAGUUGGACUUUCUACUAGUGACUGGGAGUAGGUCAUGCCCUAAUGUAUCACGAUAAAAAGAGUGAUUUUUCAGCUACAGGGGCCACUCACGAUUAAGUAGCUUGUCACGCGGAGUUCUGGCAGCACCUUGAUUGGUAUCGCAAAAUUCCCAUUUUGGCUACGGGUUGGGUACUUUUUUACCGAGGAUAGUCGAGCACAGUUCUAAUGAUCGGCGGUCCGGAUGUCGAUGUCCUUACCCCCUUUUUUCCCAACGACCCUGCCGAUGGAGAUAGACGGCGCACCUGUUCAUGUCAGAUUACACUCAUACUCCUUACGAUGUUCUUCGCAGAAAGAACGAGAAAGCACUAUGUGCCUACCGUGAUCCAGCCAAGUUUCAACAGCCUACGACUGCACUGAGUGAGCCUAGCGGUUUGUGAAAAGUACGUCUCGAAGUACCGAUAAAAUUUGCAAGCGGCUUCAGAACGAAACUCGCGAAACCCUCGACAGCGACACAAUGUGAAGAAUCUCCACGUUCACCCUAAGCUGUGCCGAAUAAGUGAAAUAAACUACAGUCAUGAUCAUGAAUUAUAAAUUAUACGGGGUAAGACUUGAGUUUCAUUUUCUGCCAGCGGCAAAAAAAAAACAAAAACUAAAACACCAACACAAAGUACAGACUGAAG